UUUCAGAUGGUCAUCGCCAGCUUUUCAGGAAUGUUUAUGGAGCAACGCAUCCACCCUUACGACCAAAGUCUCAGGCGCAGAGAGUUGUCAUCCCGACGUAACGAUUUCGACGCUGCUCUGGGUUUCGACGAGCCAACCAGCCUCGGAGCUUAUACUCGGUCAGGACCGCUAUAUGAAGGCGACGAUGGCAUGCUUUUUGAUUUUACGCCUUCCUACCAGCCCGCCCGGAGACACUCUUUCCCGCCCCGAUCUCUCGAACGUAUUCUUCGGCAGGGUGACGAAUUGCUACGGAUGCACGACUCCCGCAUAAUGCGCAGCGGCAAUCCUCCUCCUCCCUCCCAACUGCCGCUUGAGCUGGACCCUCAUAUCAUCAACAAUACCAGCGAGUUUGCGUUGCAGAGAAGAGUUCCCACCAACGAACCCCCGCCACAACCAGUACCGAUGGCACUUCCUCUUGUCGCUCGAUCGCUGUCGAGCGAUUCUUCGACCGGAUUCUCGUCGUUAGCUUCAGCGGACACAAGGAGCUCUCGCGGCGUCUACGACUCAAUAUCGCCCCAGUCUCCUCCCAACGUUUCGCCAGUCAUUGCAUGUCAACCUUGCCGCCGCCGCAAGGUACGCUGCGACUCCGUUCGUCCCUCAUGCAGCAAUUGCGUGCGGCGCAAAACACCAGAUGAUUGUGUUUACGACGCGGCUCCCCGACGUCGCGGGCCAGAUAAGAACCCCGGGACAAGACAUCGACCAUGCAAGAAACGGCCGGAAAGCAGUGCUGGAGAUGCUCAGCCAACUUCUGGAGGAGGGUCAAGUGAGAGUAUGCAGUAA